CUCUUUCUCUCUCUCUCUCUCUUUGUAUUAUAUAUAUAUAUAUAUAUCUCAUCAUACUGAUAGACAUAAUAAGGCUAACAAACAAACAGGAGGAGUUGCAUCAUUUUUCAUUAGCAAAGCAAGCUAGCUAGCUACAGCAGCUAAGCAAUUAAUUAAUUGCAUUUCCGGAAAGGAAAGGAAAGGAAAAAUGAAUGAUGUUGGUGAGCAUCGGAGGAGGAGGAGGAAGUGUGGAGUGGUGGUGAAGAUGAUGAUAGAGUUGUUUGUUAGGCUGUUGGUGAUUCCUCUAAAUGUUGGUUCCAUUUGGCUAACUUUUACCAGCAAACAGGACAAUAUCACCUACGGAACACUAGACUUCCGGGAUCUUCUAGGACUCAAAUAUAUGAUUUGCAUCAGUGUUGUUUCUUGUGUGUAUGCACUUUUUGCGGCGGCUCUGACUUUCUCAAUAUGGAUUAUUAUUAAUAAUAAUAAUAACAUCACCGGAAGCUUCCUCACCAAAUUAGCUUGGCUUUUCUUCAUCGCUGACCAGGUUAUUGCAUAUUUAACGGUUACAUCAACGGGGGCAGUGGGAGAGAUGGUGUACUUGUCAUACCAUGGAGAUGUUAAAGUGACUUGGAGCGAAACAUGCACAACAUAUCCCAACUUCUGCAAUAGAAUCAAAACCGCUCUCAUCCUUCAUUCCUUCACACUUUCCUCUUUCUUCCUAUUACCAAUUGUAUCCGCAUUUCGCCUUUUCUCCAACAACAACAACCUCCAUCCCCAAACAACUACAACACCAACCUUCACUACCACUAACCCUACUUACACUACUAUCAUUAUUUGACACUCUUAAUAUAUGUUGUACGCUCAUGUUAUUCUAUAUUUUGCAUCAAAUAAAUAAAUAAAUAAAGCUCUACUUGCUUGCUGUUGUUUCUA